UCUAGGAGUUCUCAUCUUUUCUAUGAGUUUCAGCAUCUAGUUUUUACCAGCUUUUGUGAUUUAAUCAGUUACUGAUAGAGAAGAAUCGUUAACUAGGAGAAAAUGUCAACUCUAAAAAUGAAAGAGGCAGCCCUUAUCUAUCUUGACAGAAGUGGAGGGCUCCAAAAGUUUAUAGAUGAUUGCAAAUACUACAAUGAUUCAAAACAAAGUUAUGCUGUUUAUCGAUUCAAUAUUUUAAUAAAUCCCUCUGAUGUUGUUGAAUUAGAUGCUGAACUUGGAAAUCACAUUUUACACCAGCCUUUAAAAGCUGCUCAAGUUUUUCAAUCAGUCUGUUUCAUUGCUGUUAAGACUCUAUCAUUAAUUGGACAAUUACAGACUGAAAAUCAAAUUAAUAUAGUGCUGAAGUUAACACAUUUACCUCCUCUGCCAAGUUAUAGUCUUGAUUUGUGUGAGUUUCCACUUGAUUAUACAUCUCAAAGAUUUUAUAUGAUACAAGGAAUUGUGAUUGCAAUGACAACUGUAACCAAGUAUACACAAGGUGCAAGAUUUCUUUGUUCAGAUGAAGCGUGCCCUCUUUCAAAAGGAUUUCAGUAUAUAAGAGUGCAUGUGCCUGGUGCUACAGAAUCUGCAACAGUAAGAAAUGACUUUUUGUGUGAUCUGUGUUCAUCUGCACUUGAAGAAGACAGAAAAUUUAGAGUACUUGGUGAUAAACAGAUAGUUGAAAUAAUUACUUCACAGGCACUUCAUGCUUUUCAAGGAUAUUCUAACAACCAGCCAUUUAGGUUUCAAUCUCUUACAAUUUUCCUAAGAGAUGAAUCUGUGAAUAAAAUGAAUAUAGGAAAUGAGUAUAAAAUUAUUGGAAUUCCAACCUGUGUAAAAACUUCACAAACAUCUGUCUGUAUAGAGGCAAAUAACAUCACUUUUUGCAACCCAAAAGUUCCUUCAGGGAUUAGUGACCAUUUCAGGUGUCUCCUCUCUUUGACUUCCAGCUCAUGCUGGAAGUUUACAGCAAUACUCGCCAAUAUCUUUGCAUCACAAAUUGUUCCCCCCGGGAGUUACAAUUUGCUCAAGCUCUGUUUGCUGAUGAGUCUAGUACAGACAAGUGACCGUAACAAGGAUCUGGAAGACUGCCUGGAUAUUUUAAUUAUAACAAGUGAUGCUCUACUUGUAGACAGGCUUUUGAAUUUUAGUAUAAACCUUGUGCCCCGUGGUAUACGUCAUCCAGUCUCUACUGAAAUUUUUCCCACUCUGUCCAGAAAUAAGUAUGGAACUGGAGCAGUUAGUAUUCAAGCUGGCAGUGCUUUGCUAGCUAAAGAUGGUAUCUGCUUUAUAGGAGACUUGGCUUCACACAAAAAAGAUAAACUUGAACAGCUUCAAUCAGUUAUGGAAAGCAGAAGCAUCACAGUAUACAUCCCGGGAAAGAAGUUUGGGGAUGAUAUUGAUCAACAAAUGACUUUUCCAGUUCAAUGCAGUUUUUGGUCUUUUGUUGAUAUGGAUUCAUCUUCAAGGAAAAAUAUGCAGAAACCCAACACUCUUAUUGGUCAGAUGGAUUGCAGUUUGAUUCCAGCUAAUCUUGUAGAGGCGUUUGGAUUAUUGAUUAACUGUAAUGAAUCAUCUCCUUGCCACCCAUUUCUUCCUACUGUGCAACAUACUUUAAAGAAAGCCAUUGAUCCUGAAGGGCUGCUUUAUGUAGCUUCUAAACAGUUCACAACUGAGGAUUUUGAAAAGCUGCUGGCUUUUGCAAAGAAUUUAAAGGUAGAAUUCAGCUUGGAGGCAGAAAGAAUAAUUCAUGGCUAUUAUCUAGCAAGUCGCAGAAUCAGAACAGAUUCUGUAUACGGAUCAAAACUGUCAGCAUCUGCAUUAAAAUAUUUAGUUUCCCUAUCUGAAGCCCAUGCUCGACUGAACUUAAGGAAUAAAGUGAUUAAAGAAGAUGCACUAAUAGCAGCCUUAUUAUUUGAAACAUCUCUCACAUUGAAAUAUGGGGCCACUGUAUUUUGUGUUGCUCCAAAUGCAGUAUUUCCAUUUGAACUGUAUGAUGAAGAAUAUUUAGAGCAAAGGGAUAUCUAUCUGACUCAGUGCCAACAGCAGCUACUCCAGUUUAUUGCCACAUAUGGACCUGGGACAACUAUUUUUGCUAGUGAUGAAUAGGCAAUCUGAGGAAAACUUUCUUCGUUCCUAUUUCAGCAGUGGAAGUGUGACUUUGAAGUAAUACUGUACAGAAUGCCAUCUUAAAUGUAAAAUGGUCUCUUCAAAUUAAUUGCUAAUGGAGUUAAGACUAAUCCAAAUCUCAAAGCCAAUAGCAGUAAUUUAAAACUUAGAAUAUUAAAAAUUCGUUAGCCCAGUAUACCAGUGGUCAACAGAUAACGCGCAUGUAUGUUGCAAGCUAAGCAAUGUAAAAAAGGUAACUUUAUGUAGUUUCCUCAAUUCGUCACAAGAUGGCAAUAGCACUUUAAAUGAGUACCUACAAAUUAAACCGUUUUUUCUUGCACUUGUGAACUUGAUAAAUUGAUAACAAUUUAUAUAACCAAAUGCCUCAAAUUUAAGGACUUUUCAUCCUUUACUAG